UGACAUAGUCACAUGAUUCUAGUGGCUACCUGAUAUAUACUAUAAACUGAACUGACAAUCGUCAUUAAAUUGAAUCAGAUGAAAAAAUAGAACCUGAAAGCGGAGCAGAGGACGACACCAGGGAUGUCUAGUUCCAGAAAAACGAUUGAGCUCUUUUAUGAUGUUAUCUCUCCUUAUUCUUGGCUGGCGUUUGAGGUGCUGUGUCGCUAUAGAAAUGUUUGGAACAUCGACCUCAAAUUCAAACCAGCAUAUUUAUCAGGAAUCAUUUACAGCUCAGGCAAUAACCCCCCUGGAAUGAACCCAAGUAAACUCCUAUACAUGGUCUCAGAGCUGACAUUGCUGUCUCAAUAUUUUGGAGUCCCUAUGUUUCGACCUUCAAACAUUUCUGUGAAAGACUCUUUGAAUGCAAUGCGUUUUGUGACAGCUGUAGCAGAGAGGGGCAGAGAGGGAGACACACUGGAGAGGUUGUCUGUAGAGCUGUGGAAGAGAAAGUUUCACGUUCACCAGGACAUUACCCAGCCUGCCUCGCUUACUGAGGCAGGAUUAAAGGCAGGUCUCUCAGCCAAUCAGGUGGAUGAAUUUUUGACUCUCUCCAACUCUCAGUUAAUCAAAGACAAGCUGAAAAGUGUCACGCAGGAAGCAGUGGAGAAAAAAUGCUUUGGUCUUCCAUUCUUCGUGUGUCACAUGAACGGGAAGGCUGAGGUCUUCUUUGGUUCUGACAAAUUUGAGCUCAUGGCUUAUUUCAUUGGGGAGAAAUGGAUGGGGCCUUACCCUAACAAGCCCACUUCCACAAUGUGAUCACUACUCCUCCAUACUUAAUAUUCAUAUUCAACAUCAAACACAGAAACACACAGAUUUGAAAAGGAUCAUUGGAUUCAAUUUUUCAUUUAGGAUACUGGUGUGUCUGCCAGCUCAGAAAGGUUAAAAAAGAAAACACACAGUUGGUUUGUUAUGGGCUGUCUGAAUAUGAACCAUUGUUGUCCAGUGAACAUCCAGUUUCAAUUUGUACUCAGUUUCUAUGUAGAGCUAGCUUGAAUAAGAUCACAUGCUACAGACACUUCAUGAAGGCCCUGAAGAGUCACACCGACUUGUGCCUGCUACGUCAGAAUUAUACAGAAAUACUCUGUGUUCGUGAUGUUAAUGAAUAAAGGAACAAGGAAAAAUA